AUGGCUUCUGAAAGCAGCUUUGUGCAACCUGCGAUUCCACGUUUCGAUGGUCACUAUGAUCAUUGGAGUAUGUUGAUGGAAAAUUUUCUGCGAUUCAUGGAGUACUGGACUCUCGUGGAAACCGGCAUCGAUGUGCACACUAGUGAGACUGUUUUGACAGAAGCGCAGAGAAAGACAUUGGAGGAUCAGAGAUUGAAGGAUUUGAAGACAAAGAAUUAUUUGUUUCAAGCAAUAGAUCGUGCCAUUCUCGAAACCAUCCUGAAGAAGGACACUGCUAAAGACAUAUGGGAUUCAAUGAAGACGAAGUACCAAGGCACUGCACGGGUGAAACGUGCACAACUCCAAGCUCUUCGCAAAGAGUCUGAAAUUCUUCACAUGAAGGAAGGAGAGUCAGUGAAUGACUACUUUGCAAGAACACUGUCAAUUGCAAACAAGAUGCGCAUCCAUGGAGAAAAUUUUAAAGAUAUUGCUGUCAUUGAGAAAAUCCUUCGCUCAAUGACACGCAAAUUUGACUAUGUGGUGUGUUCCAUUGAAGAAUCGAAUGACAUUGAUAGUCUUUCGAUUGAUGUGCUGCAAAGCUCACUGUUAGUUCAUGAGCAGAGGAUGACCAGCUAUGUUGUGGAGGAGCCAGCCUUGAAGGUCAGUACUUAUGAAGGAAUUACUUCUUCAAGAAGAGGUAGAGGACGGGGAGGAUUUUGUGGAAGCGGCAGAGGUAGAGGACGCCAACUUUCUUACAAUCAAGGAGCACAAUUUGACAAGGCGAGUGUGGAAUGUUAUUACUGUCACAAGCUUGGCCACUAUCAGUAUGAAUGCCCUGACAAGGAAACCAAGGUAAAUUUCGCUGAGACUGAAGGAGAAAUACUCUUCAUGGCUCACAUCGACAAGAAGGAGUUUUCAUCAGGUGAUACUUCUUGGAAAAGGGGAUAUCAAAUUCCAUAUGAAAAACAACACUGUGCAGACAAUUUCACAUUCAGUAUGAUUCAUCAUCCAGAGAAGGGCCUCAUUGCAGAAGCAAAAAUGACAACAAAUCGAAUGUUCCCUUUGCACAUUCAGUAUGAUGCCCAGAAGUGUCUCUCAACAAGAGUGCAAGAUCCAACAUGGUUGUGGCAUCUUCGUUAUGGUCAUUUGAGCUUCAAAGGCCUGAAAACUCUACAUGAGAAGAACAUGAUGGAAGGACUGCCUAAGAUUAACUGUCCCACAGAAAUGUGUGAAGAUUGCAUUGUUGGUAAACAACAUCGAGAUUCUUUCCCACAAGGAAAAGCAUGGAGAGCUGAGCAAAUCCUACAGUUGGUUCAUUCAGACAUCUGUGGUCCAAUCAAUCCAACAUCGAAUGGAAACAAAAGGUAUUUCAUCACCUUCAUUGAUGAUUAUAGUCGAAAAACAUGGAUUUAUUUCUUGCAAGAGAAAUCUGAAGCUUUUGUUGUUUUUAAAAGCUUUAAGGCUCGAGUUGAAAAAGAAUCUGGCAAGUACAUUCAGAUCCUUCGCACAGAUAGUGGUGGUGAAUUUAACUCACAUAACUUUGCAAGUUUUUGUGAAUUGCAUGGAAUACGGUGGCAACUUAUUGCUGCAUACACACCACAGCAAAACGGCGUGGCAGAAAGAAAGAAUCAGAUGAUUAUGAACAUGUCCCUUGCAGAAGCUUUACCAAGUUCUUCAGCAAGAGUUUCAAUUCCAAAUGAAGUUCAGGCACCUAGCUCAGAACCACAGCGACAAAGAAAAAGACCAUCUUGGAUGAUAGAUUAUGUUAGUGGAGAUGAAUUAUCUAAUGAGGAUACAACUGCUUAUUUCGCUCUAUUUGCAGGCUCCGAUCCUAUAUUGUUUGCAGAAGCAGUGAAAGAAGAAAAGUGGAAAAAAGCCAUGGAUGCAGAGAUUCAAGCUAUAGAGAAAAAUGAGACUUGGGAGCGAACCAAUCUUCUUGAAGGGCAAAAAACCAUUGGUGUAAAGUGGGUUUAUAAGACGAAGCUGAAUGGAAAGGGAGAAAUUGACAAGUUCAAAGCAAGGCUGGUUGUGAAAGGCUACAAUCAAGAACAUGGAGUUGAUUAUCAAGAGAUUUUUGCUCCUGUCGCAAGACAGGAUACAAUUCGGUUGGUAGUCUCAUUCGCGGCACAAAACUCAUGGCCCAUCUUCCAGCUUGAUGUGAAAUCGGCCUUCCUUAAUGGUAAACUACUUGAGCAAGUCUACAUUGAGGAGCCACCUGGUUAUGUGAUAAAAGGUAAUGAACAUAAGGUUUACAGAUUAAAGAAUGCUUUAUAUGGCCUGAAACAGGCACCUCGAGCCUGGUACAGUUGUAUAGAAGCAUACUUUGAAAAGGCAGGUUUUAACAAAUGUCCAUAUGAGCACACCCUAUUCAUCAAGUCUGGAGCAGAAGGUAAAAUCCUGAUAGUUUGCUUAUAUGUUGAUGAUCUUAUUUUUACGGGCAAUGAUGAGGCUAUGUUUGUUGAUUUUAAGAAUUCUAUGAUGGCUGAUUUUGACAUAACUGAUUUGGGAAAGAUGAAAUAUUAUCUUGGUAUAGAAGUAGUACAAACAGCUACUGGAUAUUUUAUUGGGCAAAAGAAAUAUGCUCAGGAGGUGUUCGAGAGGUUUCACAUGGAGAAUUGUAAUCCAGUUGUGACUCCAACUGAACCGGGAUUGAAGCUCUCAAGGGAUCUUGAUGAAGAGAGGGUUGAUAGUACUUACUUCAAACAAAUUGUUGGAAGUUUAAUGUACUUGACAGCCACUCGGCCUGAUAUUAUGUAUGCAGUGUGUCUAAUUAGCAGGAAUCCAAUUUUACAUGGAAGAAGCAAGCAUAUAGAUGUGAGGUAUCAUUUCCUUCGUGAUCUUGUAGCUGAAGAAACCAUUGAUUUGGUUUAUUGUCGAAGUGAAGACCAAGUUGCAGAUAUCCUGACCAAACCUCUAAAGCUGGAAGCAUUUGAGAAGUUGCGUGGAUUACUUGGAAUUGGUUUUGCUCUGAAGAAGCUGUUUACCGAUGGGGCUGUGAAGCGUGAGGACUUAUGGAUCACCUCCAAACUCUGGUGUACUGAUCAUGAACCAGAUGAUGUGCUUGACUAUCUGGAUCUCUAUCUUAUCCACUGGCCAGUGAGCAUGAAAAAGGGGUCAGUUGGCUCUGAUCCUCAAAACCUUACCCAACCUAAUAUACCCAGUACAUGGAAAGCAAUGGAGGCACUCUUUCACUCUGGCAAGGCCAGGGCUAUUGGAGUCAGCAACUUCUCUUCAAAGAAGCUUGGAGAUCUGUUAGAGGUGGCACGAAUACCUCCAGCUGUUAAUCAAGUGGAAUUGCACCCUCACUGGCAGCAACCGAAGCUGCACACUUUCUGUAAAUCUAAGGGAGUUCAGUUAUCUGUGAGUAUGCGGAGACAAAGUCUUUUAUUGUUACACAUGACUUCUGUGAAUAAUUUGGGAACAGAAUAGGCUAGAUUUUCAUUUUUGUGGUUCCUGAACCUCAGCAUUGGCUAAUUAGUGAUGUAUUUUUGUGAUGAAUAAUCUUAU